AUGGCAUCGACCAGAAUAUCAGGCUCUCUCAGAGCUCUUGUCCAAAAAUCAUCAAAAUGCCCACGACUCAUUUCUGCUAAGGGCCGUAACUUCCACAAUACAACGUUCCAAUCUGCCCGACCCAAACCACGUCCAGCUCCCAGCACACGAUUGAGGCAAGCCCAGGUCCCGAUACCAGACCUGAACCCCAACGGAGAUAAGUCUGAAAUUGACAGCUUUCUACAACGCUGCACAAACUUAGCGGAGGAGAUCAAAGCCAUUUCGAUUUCGUCGGCCACUGCAUUCGAAUUCUUGCGCGCAUUCAACGAACACGGCCAGAACCCACCCGUCAAAUACAUACGCUCUUUAUGCGAAAGAUUUGGCGUUUCGCCCUCGAAUAUCUUUGCACUUGCGAUCAUUGUCAAUCGAGAAGGGCCAGGCCAAGGACAAAUUAUUGCUCGAAGCCUGCUAAAUGCAGCCGCGAGCCUGGGCGAUCCCUCCGCGGCCAUUCACGCAAUGCAUUCUAACACAAUGGAUACGAGAGCGCAGAACCCACUGUAUUAUCGAGAAAUGCAAGCACAUCUUGCUGGUUUCGUCAAGGAGGAUUCGAACCCUCUUGGAUUGGUGGCAGCAGGAAACCUUAACGAGAAGCAAGGCAAAAACGACAUUGCAUUGAAACUUUACGAACGGGCAAUUGUCCUAGCCCAAGUCCCAGAGAACAAUACAAUGCCCGAAUCUAGUGUUGGAUUAGGUGGAACACCGCUUCUUCAAGCUUAUAUCGCGCUUGCAAGGGUAAAGAACAGUGCAUUAAAGGACAAGGAAGGCGCGAGAGCUGCGUAUGAGAAAGCCGCGGAACUGGAUAGCCCAGACGCAUAUUACCAUCUUGCCCUCUUGAUGGACAAUCAUGCGUCCGACCAGUACAGGGAUCAUCUGCUGAUCGCAGCUUCGUCGGGCUAUACACAAGCCGCCUACCGCUUGGGUCUCUACUAUCUCCAACUAAAAGACUCAGACACCAGCUCUAAAACAGCACUGGGCAAGAAUCAAGACGAACGAGAGAGGCUUGCAUUGGAAUGGUUCGAUCUAGGCGCAGCAGCCAACGACAAAAAUUCGAUCAUCAAUGUGAUUCUCCUCUGCAAAUUACGAAGCCUGCACGUUAAAUCACAGGCGUGGUUGUUCAAAAUCAAAAGUUCCAGACAUCUUUCGCAAGAUCCGGUGAUUGCCGAAAUCCAACGAAUGUGGGAGGACAAGAACUGCGAUCUAGAGGACUUUCGAAUCUUCCUAGACCAAUAUAAUAAGGAUGCCACAAAGACACGUCCGGAUUGA